UACAUAUAUAUCUGUACGCGUAUACUUACGACAUACGUCUAUACUUACAAUUUCGCUCCACCCUUUUUGUGCUUCUGCUGCAUAUAUAUUUAUAUAUUUAUAUGAUGAUCGAGUGAAACAAUCUGGCUCUACAUGUACGGAAAUGGCAAGAAGGUGGGUGGGAUUUAUGUAAUGCCGAGUUAAACCCCAAAAAAGUCCCGUGCUUUGAGAGAGAGAAAGAGGGAAACAGCGAUAAUGAUAGAGAGCUCGAGUGAAAAUGGCAGCGGGUUCACUGAUAGAGAAAAUAGGGAAGAAGAAAUAGAGAGGAAGAGGAAGGAGAAGCCGCCGGAGGACGAUUGUUGCCCCAUUUGUUUCGGGGACUUCACCGUGUCUUGCAGGACCAAUUGCGGCCACUGGUUUUGCGGAAAUUGCAUUUUGCAACUCUGGAUGUAUAGAGGGGCACUUCGAGCUUGCAAGUGUCCCAUAUGCACUUGCUCCAUCUCCAAGCUGACACCGGAGGCAUCGUUGUUUUCUCGACAGGAAAAGGAAGUUGUUGACCUCCUUAAGGGCAUUGAGCGGUACAAUCGUCUAUACGUAGGGGGUUUGAAUGGGCUUUUGCUGAUACCCCUCUUACUAAGAAGAGUUUUCUGGGCAUUGAUUGACAUGCUUUUGGAUCCGCAUCAAAUAAGACUAAACUAUAAUGUGAUGCGUCUUGUGGCUCUCUUGCUAGGCUGGAUCUACCGCACAUGUGACUUUGACUUCAUUCCCACUGGUAGACUGGGAAUUUAUGGGCUGUUUGAUAGCUGUGCGGUUAUAGUGGUUGUGGUUCUGUUCUUUGCCGGCCUAUACCGGAAAUGGGUGCGUGGCCGCCGUGUGAGGCGGUUGGCUAUGGAGGAAGCAUGGCCUAAUUGAAGCGCUUGCAAAUGGGUUUUAACAUUUCUUUGUGACAUCCCUUCCACACCCAAUCUAGUGUAGCCUUAGCCUAGUCUUCAACUAUAAAUACCCACCCAUUAACCAGUCGCCGCGUAAAUACGGUUGUUAUUGUACCGCAAUAUCUGUUUUCUUAGUGCAAGCAGGCAAUCACAUUUUCUUCCCCCCUGUAGUCUUGUACAAUACUACACUUUAUUUUUUUUUUGAAAACACACUAUUUAUUUA